ACCAAGUGAUCGCAGGAAGCAAGUUUUCUUCCUUCCUUUCUCUCCUCCCAGUUUCUAACGAUUUUGUCACCGAAAACCGUAGCCAUAUUCUUCACAGGAUAAACAAAAUGGUGGGGUUGAACCAGAAGAAAAGUGAACAGAUUUCCAUGUGUAAUGGGUUUUACAAACGACCUCUUCCUUCUCCUCCCGCGAUUGAGUUCUCUUCUUCUAAGGGCAAGGAGCUUUUUCUUGAAGCCAUUCAGAGGGGAACUAUGGAGAACUUCUAUAGGUUGAUUUCUUAUUUCCAGACACAAUCCGAGCCCGCUUAUUGCGGAUUGGCGAGCCUGUCCAUGGUUUUGAAUGCCCUUGCUAUUGAUCCCGGAAGGAAAUGGAAAGGACCCUGGAGAUGGUUUGAUGAAUCUAUGUUAGACUGCUGCGAGCCUUUGGAGACUGUCAAGGAAAAAGGCAUCUCAUUUGGGAAGCUUGUCUGCUUGGCUCACUGUGCUGGAGCAAAAGUUGAAGCCUUUCGCACAAAUCAUAGCACAAUUGAUGAGUUUCGUAAAUAUGUAUUGAGAUGUUCUACUUCUGAUGAUUGUCAUGUGAUCUCAUCAUACGAUAGAUCAGUUCUCAAACAGACGGGUACUGGUCAUUUUUCACCAAUUGGUGGCUAUCAUGCUGAAAGAGACAUGGCGCUUAUUUUGGAUGUUGCACGUUUUAAGUAUCCUCCCCAUUGGGUACCCCUCAAAAUUCUUUGGGAUGCCAUGAAUAAUGUUGAUUCAUCUACUGGACAACGCAGAGGGUUCAUGCUUAUAUCCAGGCCUCACAGUGAGCCAGGACAACUUUAUACUCUGAGCUGCAAACAUGAGAGUUGGGUUGGUGUUGCAAAAUACUUAAUGGAUGAUGUUCCUCUUCUUCAAUCGGAGGAGGUGAAAGACAUUCAAGAAGUUCUCUCUGUUGUUUUCAAGUCACUUCCAUCCUAUUUUGGGCAGUUCAUCAAGUGGGUUGCAGAAGUUCGGAGACGAGAGGAUGGUGGCCAAAGCUUAAGCCCAGAGGAAAAAGCUAGGCUUGCUGUCAAGGAGGAGGUACUGAGACAAGUCCAGGACACUGGCCUUUUUAAACACGUGGCAGAAUUAUUAUCUUCAGCACAUUCAUGCUGCGGAAACUUAUAUUCUGGUCAUGAAGAAAACUUGCCCAACAUUGCUGCGAGCGUUUGCUGCCAAGGCGCACAAAUUUUGUCGGGGAACUCUACCUUCUCGGGGGUGUAUUGCUGUCAGGAAACAUGUGUGAAAUGCUUCAAGGCAAAUGGCGACAAGCCAGUUACGGUUGUGAGUGGGACAGUGGUAAAUGGUGGAACCGAGGAGAAGAUGGACAUGCUUGUUCCUUCAUCAAAAACAAAUUCAGGAUGUUCUUGUGCAAUUGGGAUUCAUCCUGCUAGCAAUGACGUUCUAACAGCACUUCUACUGGCCUUGCCCCCAGGUACAUGGUCUGGGAUCAAAGACGAGAAGCUUUCAAAAGAAAUAUCAAACCUUGUUUCCACUGUAAAUCUUCCUACUUUGCUUCAAGAAGAGGUUUUGCACUUGCGACGCCAGCUCCACCUUCUCAAGAAAUGCCAGGAGGAUAGGGUAGAUGACGAUCUUGGCUCUCCUCUCGCUUAGACUUCUCUCAUGUUUACUCUGAUUUUCCUAUUAUCGCCAACGGACAUCAAGCCAAAAAAAGCUUACUUAUCAAGUUACGGAUAGAUAGAGGCACUGCAGAAAGCUAUAUGUAUUACCGAAUUGAAUGAUCAAGAAGAGUCAUGGUGAAGAGCCGGUUGUUUCCCUCAGAUGAAGCCGCUGGCUGAGUUGCGUGCUAACUGAAAUACCGAUGUUGGGAUGUUUGCACUGUAUUUUAUGAUCAAGAUUCUUGAUCACUGUGGUUUUUGGUUGAAUUUAAUCUAAUGCCACCCAAUUUUCUUGUGUCAGUUUGGUCUGACUCUCUACUCGCACAGUCACAGAGUUGUUGAGAAUUGAGGUGCAAAGAUGAAUUGGAUUGCAAAUUCAAUUGAUGCUAUACAUACUAUGUACUUGAAGAGCUCGUAUAAAUAUAGUGGUGAUAUGUGAGGUAAAUUAUUUUCGCACGUA